CAGUCACUCUGCCGGGGCCGACGCUAUGUUGAAGAUGACGGAGAGAAACCAUACCUUGUUCCAGGCUGUCGUGUUUUGGGAACCCUUCAGUUAUCAGUUCACGACAAAGACCAACUACUCCCUCCCAGCUCUCAUCACGGGGACGCAGCUGUCCACGAAGAGGUCGAUCAUCGUCCCAUGCAUCAUCGCUGGUUUCGGCUACAACCACUUCUACGACAUGUGGGGGGAACCUCCUAAAGUGCUCGUGGACGCCAAGAACUUUGGUCACUGCGACCUCAUGGAUUAUGCCUUUCGUGAUUUCUGUAUCGAUACCAAGACAUGUCUGGGAGGUAACGCCUCCAUGAUCCCAGCUUACCACCAGUACACCCAGGGAAUAACAUCUGCCUUCCUCAUCGCUUAUCUCCAGGGCUUCUCCCAAACCAUCAACUACGUCAUCGACCAGACAAAGAUACCACUACCUCUUGAUGAGUUUAAAUAUAACAUGUCAGUGCCAUCCUAUCAACACUGGCAUCUACCAUAGGACAGACUGCUUUUUAUCCCCUUUGUCUUUCCAUAACAUGCAUUUUAAGUGAAAAAACAUGACAAGAUAACAAAAUAAGACAUUGUCUAUUGAUGUAUAUAUGAAUGUGUAUACUGUGUUCAUAAAGAAAGUUUUUUGUAAAUAUAUACAUACACUAUUGAUCUGCAUAAGUGUUUUAGCGUAUAUUUUCCACUUGGGGUCAAUUAUUGUAUCCUGCCAGAGGGUAACAUUUAUUAAAAAUGGUUCAUGAAUAUGUUACUGAUACAGUUGGAAUAAUUGUGAAAGCACUCAAACACCUACUGCUAUUGUAUAUGGCAAGUGUGGAAGAUAUCCUCUCUUUAUAAACGCAUUGUGUAAAACUUUAAAAUGUAGGCUAAAGGUUAUUCAU